AUGAACAGUGCAGCGGACAACGCCUAUAUCUGUCUUAUCAAACUCCCACACAACGAUCUUUUACGAGUUCUCAUAUUUGCUUCCGCCUUCGUCGAAGCUGAAAAACCACUUUAUAUGCUUCAUCUAUUCGUCUUUUUGGCAUGGUGUUCACAAACUGUAAUUGCGGGUACCACCGCUCUAGUGCCCACUGCCUUCUCUGGUGGAAAUCCGGAUGUGUGUCAAGUAUGGAAAAAUAUGACUAAAGAGGAAAUCUGCGACUACGUUAAUUACCAUGACGACAUUUGUGAAGGAGGUGGUUACUUACUGUGGUCACAAUACGUCGAGUGUCAGUUCGACGUCGGAAAAAGGAUUGGCGUAAUUACCGCAGGAGUUGUGUGGAUGCUUAUGUUAUUUGUUAUGGUUUCCACUACUGCAGACGAUUUCUUUUCGCCAAAUGUUGCCUCGAUAGUUGCACAUUUGAAAAUAAGUGAAAGCAUAGCAGGUGUGACUUUUAUGGCAUUCGGAAAUGGAGCUCCAGAUAUAUUCGGUUCUAUCGCUUCGGUUCUCAGCAGUCCAAAACCUAAAGCGGGUCUCGCGCUGGGCGAGCUUCUUGGUUGGUGGUUAAUCUAUAUGUAA